AUGUCUAACGUUCUACCUCCAGGAACCCAGUCUUGCCCUCCUCCAGAGCUUCCUCAACUUGUUGCCGAACAGCACGUGCCUAUCCCAUCCCAUGACAAGGAUACCCAGCGCUUGAUUGUGGUUCUCUCCAAUGCCAGUCUGGAGACCUACAAGGCGGUCUCCAGCGGCCGUAGUGGAACCAAGGAUGAGAAGUUCUCUCUGCUGAACAGCGAUGAGCACAUUGGUAUCAUGCGCAAGAUGAACCGUGAUAUCAGUGAAGCUCGCCCGGAUAUCACCCACCAGUGUCUUCUGACUCUUCUUGACUCCCCCGUCAACAAGGCCGGUCGCCUCCAGAUUUUCAUCCACACCGCCAAGGGAGUGUUGAUCGAAGUCAACCCUUCCGUUCGUAUUCCCAGAACCUUUAAGCGUUUUGCCGGUCUUAUGGUCCAAUUGCUUCACCGUCUCUCCAUUCGCUCCACCAACUCCCAGGAGAAGCUCCUCAAGGUCAUCAAGAACCCCAUCACCGACCACCUGCCUCCCAACUGCCGCAAGGUGACUAUGAGUUUCGAGGCACCCUUGAUUCGCACCCGGGACUACAUCGAGUCACUGAAGCCCAAUGAGAGUGUUGCCAUCUUCGUCGGUGCCAUGGCCAAGGGUAACGAUGACUUUGCCGACUCUUUCAAGGACGAGAGUAUUAGUAUCAGCAACUACAGUCUCAGUGCUAGUGUGGCCUGUAGCAAGUUCUGUCACGCUGCCGAAGAGGUCUGGGAUAUUCUGUGA